AGGACUCGCAAUCGCAUUUUCAAUGCUGUCGGAGUGUUGUGAGUGAGCAUGGCGGCGAAAAACGGUGAUGACCCGACUGUGGACGCGAAUUUCAUGCGUAAGCCCGAGGUAGGAUGGCUUCACUCCGACCAGAAAAUACUCUCGGAUGGAAUCUGUUACGGAGUUAGGUACAUCGGGUGUCUGGAGGUGAAUGCGUCGAUGAAGACAUUGGAUUAUGCCACGAGAUCCCUGAUUGCCGUGGAAUCGAUUAAUCGGGUUUGUGAGUCGGCCGGAUUAAAGACAGUUGAUCGACGCAGAAAGGUUGACAAGAGAUUAAGGGGUUUGUUAGGAGCUGCGCCGAAGAUGGAACACGCUGGUUGGAACGUGACGCUCAAAAUCACGUCGUCUGCCCUACAACUGAUUUCCCUUGACACUGGCAACCCUCUCAUGACACACACGAUGCCGAAUAUUUCGUUUGCAUCAGCCGGAGAUGCUGACACACUUGAUUUCGUCGCCUAUGUAGCGAAAGAUGCGAAAGCGGGCAGAGCGUGUUAUGUUCUUGAAUGCGGAUCGGGUCUGGCCCAAGACGUCAUUACCACAAUCGGCCAGGCGUUCGAGCUUCGAUUUGAAGCCUACCUCAAAUGCCUUCCUCGUCACGAUCGAGGAUUGCGUGAUGAUCCCGAAUACUACAAUGAUUUGCCUGGUAAAAUUCCUCCCGAUUCUGCGGUUCCGCCACCGACUCCAGCGACAGCCCAGUUGCUGCCCAGCUCUGCUGGUCCUCGUGCUGCCUCGUCGCAAGCAGAUCUGAUCGACCUUUCGUCAGAACCGUCGACACCGUGUCUUACGAAAGACGCGGGAUUCGGCGUCGAUGCGCAUCAGUACGUGAACGACCCUGCUGGUGCCGACGUGGCGCAUGGGACGCCGUGGAGUCCCCUACCUACAUCUGGUGGCGUAGUCAAAGACCCGUUUGACAUGCAGCCGUUUGCUGCGACGAUUGGUCCGCAAAGCGUCAGUUCGCAGCGUGAAGAGUUGUCGAAGGAGCCGUGGUAUCACGGCCCUAUUUCUCGGAAAGAAGCCGAAGCGCUGGUUUGUCAGGAUGGCGAGUUCCUUGUGAGGGAAAGCGUCGGCUCCCCUGGUCAGUACGUGCUGACCGGGAUGCAAAAUGACCAAAGAAAGCAUUUGUUGCUUGUCGAUCCGGAAGGAGUGGUUCGUACAAAAGAUAGAACGUUUGGAAGCGUGAGUAAUCUGAUCAACUAUCAUACUUCGCAACGUUUGCCGAUCAUCUCUGCCGAAAGCGCCCUUGUGCUGAAAGUCGCCAUCACGAAGAAAUGACGUGCGAUCCGCGUCUACUCAGUCUGUAAGGAAAGCGUGUCAGGGUUUUUCAUCUCUUGAUUGAUUGAUGUGAGGAAAAGGAAAUCCCCUACUUACUCGCUUCUUCCAGUAAAUAACGCAUAAUCUAGUCUAGUCCAUGGAAAUAGUCCGCGCGUCAAGAGAAAAUGUUCGGGUCGAGAGGUUUGCUGUCUUUUUUGAUCAAAAAAAAAAAAAAAUUUGGAACGUUGGAGGAUUCGCGAUUGCGUGUCUAGAGGUCGCUUUUAUUACCGCGCCAUGCUUUUCUACGUCGUUUAAUAUUUGUGCGUCGAGGAGUGGGUUAAUUAUUUCAUUCCUUGUGACGAAGUUUUUUGUUCCACCUGAGGCUGAGUUUAACCGAAGUAUGCGUGAUAAGCCUGAGCUUCCUCGAUGCUUGUGCAUUUCACGUUGACUCCGUUGUUUCCGGACGCUGAAGAGCAGCGAUUUGUCGUAUGUGGUGAGCAGAAGAAUGGUGGAAAAUGAUGUGUUGCUUUGAUAUUUUCGCGAGUGCCAGAUGUUGCUUCAUGAAGUAAAUAUUUUAUUUGGCUAACAGCCUAUUCCCAGCCUUGGGAUCAUUUUUUUUGAACCUGUGUCUGAUGUUUGUGAGUGUUCUGUCAGUUCUGACCUGAAAUCAACGAAUAUUCGCUUCCGAAUAUUCAAGUCUAGUUUCACGUGAGUCGUGCGCAUUUCUGGGAAUCGAAACUGAAUUAAAAUCGAAUGCAGAGCGUGUUGAAACCACAGA